AUGAAUAGACUACCUUCGCAAGAGACAAUGACGGGACACAUGGGAACGCAUUCGACCCAGCAGUCGCCUCGUGUGCAACAAACAUCACCAGUGCAGCUAGCGCAAGCAGGCGGGGCUGCGGCGGUUGUACCACCGCCGCAGCAGCCUAUCGUACAGGUACAGGCGCAACCACAGCAGCCGAUCGAUCCACUAACGCAGUCGACAGCCGAAACGUGGCUAUCGAUCGCUUCGCUGGCCGAGACGUUAGGCGACGCGGAUCGUGCGGCAAUGGCGUACGACGCCACGCUGCAAUACAAUCCGUCUUCGACCAAGGCUCUGACGUCGCUAGCACAUCUGUAUAGAUCACGUGACAUGUUUCAGCGCGCUGCAGAACUAUAUCAACGUGCGCUAUCGGUCAACCCGGAGCUAGGCGACAUCUGGGCCACGCUUGGUCACUGCUAUUUGAUGCUUGACGACCUGCAGCGUGCGUACGCUGCAUACCAACAAGCGUUGUAUCACUUAAGCAAUCCCAACGUGCCGAAACUCUGGCACGGUAUUGGGAUUCUGUAUGAUCGGUACGGUUCUCUCGAUUAUGCAGAAGAGGCGUUUGCCAAGGUCUUGGAACUCGACCCGCAGUUCGAAAAAGCCAACGAAAUAUACUUUCGUCUUGGUAUCAUCUACAAGCACCAAGGGAAGUGGAACCAGGCUUUGGAGUGUUUCCGCUACAUCUUGACACAGCCUCCUGCGCCACUACAAGAAUGGGACGUGUGGUUUCAACUUGGUAGUGUGCUGGAAAGUAUGGGUGAAUGGCAAGGGGCGCGCGAAGCAUACGAGCACGUUUUGAUGCAAAACGAGCGCCACGCAAAGGUGCUACAACAGUUGGGUUGUUUAUAUGGGAUGCAAAAUGUACAAUUCUACGACACCCAAACUGCACUCAAUCUUCUUCUCAAAUCGCUUGAAGUCGACUCCACAGAUGCUACUACUUGGUACCAUCUUGGCCGUAUACAUAUGGUCAGAAACGAUUACACAGCAGCUUACGACGCAUUCCAACAUGCUGUUAACCGAGACUCCAGAAACCCUACCUUCUGGUGUUCUAUCGGUGUAUUGUAUUAUCAAAUUUCUCAGUAUAGAGAUGCCCUUGACGCUUAUACAAGGGCUAUCAGGUUGAAUCCAUACAUUAGCGAAGUGUGGUAUGACCUCGGUACUUUGUAUGAGACUUGUAACAAUCAGGUCACUGACGCCCUGGAUGCCUACAAACAGGCGGCAAGGCUGGACCCCAACAACAUCCACAUUAGGGAGAGACUAGAUGCACUAACGGCGCAACUGGCGAAUCAAUCGAACGGAAGUGCACUACCCGCGCAAAGUAAAGUGGCAGCCGUUGGUAAUCCGCCACCAAUAAUGUUGCAGCCUGCUUUACAAUCUAGCGAUGGCGGUAAUCCUCUCAAUAAAACUUCAUUAUAUGUCCAACCCCAGGUUCAAGCACCAGUACAGCCUCAAUUACAACCACAACUCCAGGCACAGAUGCAAUCGCAACAACAAUCACAAUCGCAUCCACUUCCACAACCCCAGGCAAUGCACCAGCAAUUUCAACACCAAUCCCAUACGCAUCAAGUUCACCCACAGCUGCCCUCACAGCAACAGCAAUUACAACCGCUACCAGCCACGGUGGUGCAUCCGCAGGGUCCGAUGCAGCUUCCCUCUCAACCUCAGGGUGGUAUCGCAGCGGUUAUGAACUCACCUCAACCUGCAAUGGGUAACGCUGGUGGAGCCUCAAGUAAUCAGCUCCCUCAAAUUUUGAAUCAGCAGCAGAAAGGUCUAAGUGACUCCACAUUACCUCAAAAAAGAACCAUGGAAGGAGGAAUGGAUACAUUAGUAAACGCAGCAGUAUCUAGCGCUGCGAAUGCGCCAUCUCAAAAUCAUAUCAUUCAGGUGACCGAACCAGGUACGGAGACUGCAGCUUCUGAAGCGGCUCAACAAAAAAAGCAGAAACGUAACAGCCCUUCAACAACAGGGGAGACGGCACUAAAUACUGUUGUCCCACCGGAAUCCAAAUCAGUUACCCGUUCUCCGGCCAGUCAGGAACCCUCUGAGGCUCCUCCAGUAGAACAGGCACCUGCUGCGACAAGCUCAUCUACAAACUCGGAGGCUCCAGUGGCGUCCACUGCAACAACUUCGGAUCCAGCACCCGCGGCAGCACCAGAAGCAACCGCUGUACAAAGUGCUCCUGCAGUUGCUAGCACUGUAACUAGCGAGGGUGCUGGUGAAACUGAGAAUGGAUCUUCCAAUGUAAAAUCUAACACCGUCGAUAAUCCAGUGCAAGAAACAGCACAUGAGACUACCUCUGUUAAUGCUUCAGAACCAGAGCCUGAAAAUGCUCCGGAAACAAAAGAUGAGAAUAAGAAAAGUGGUCAAACGGAAUCGGCCACAUCUCAAACGGUAAUUAAACCCAGCGCAGACGCAAUCGAAACUCUUCAGGAGGAAGCCAAGCUACGUAAGGAGGAGGAGCAAGAAGAUUUAGAUGCUGAACCGGCUUCAGGUGAAAAUGGCAGUUCCAAGCCUGCCGUUAACGAACGCGUAGUUCGAGAAGUGGAAGAGGACGAAAAUUAUGACGAAUAA